AUGCCCCUGUGCCGCGACACUUUCGGCUUCGUUUCCGACCCAAGCUGCACCCUGGACCUGGAGUUGGGCCGCCCGCAUCACGGGCCUCCAAGGAUCCGCAACAAGCCAUCCUCCCCGUUGGAGGAUCCUUUAGCCCUGAUCCUCAGCCCCACCCAGCUGGGAGUGCAAUGGUGGGAGGGUGCUCACACGGCCACAGGCUUGCCUUGGUGGGCCGCCAUCCCCACCACUACACUAUUGCUCCGCGGCGCCCUGAUGCCGCUGAGCCUGCGUGCAUACGCGGCCUCUGCCAAUGCGGUGGCUGCAGCGGCCGAGCAGCAGUGCCAGGCGCAGCGGCGACAGGCGCAGGAAGAGGAACAACGGGAAGGGGAGCGGCAGCUAGCGGGGAAAGCAGGAGGAGCAGGGGUAGGGGCGCCCGGGGAACAGCAGGUGGGGGUGCAAACGCAGCUGGGGCCCAGCAGCAGCGGCAGCAGUGGGACCAAGAGCAGCAAUGCUAGCGGUGGCGGUAACGGUGGCGGCAGCAGCACUGCUGGGGCUGAGUUAGGCCGGAUGGAUGUGGUGCGCCGGGUGUUCAACCACUUGCGGCAUCUGCAUGGGGUGCCUUCCUUCGGCUGGUACUUGGGUAACACAGCCGUACAGGUCUCUCUUGUGGUGUCCCUGUCACUGGCCCUCCGCCGCAUGUCAGACAGCUUGUGGCCCGGUUUCACGGGAGAGGGACUGUUGUACUUCCAGGACCUGACGGCCCCACCCGUGUAUCUACAGACGCUCUCAACUCCGUACGGUACGGCAGGAGCCAUCCUCCCGCUGGCGCUCGUGCUAUUGUACGUGAGCGCCGCGGACAGAUCCGCAGGAGGAUCCAGCCCGGGCAUACACAUUGCGCUCAAGCUGCUGGUGGUACCUCUCUACUGCACUGCAUUACUGCAGCCCCAUGCAGUGUUGCUCUACUGGAUGGCUCAGGCGGCAUCACAACUAGGGAUAUAUGAACUGGCAGCGAGGCUGCCUCCUCUGCGGCGGGCGGCGAGGGUUCCGGAGCUGCUGCUGGCGCCGAGGAGCCACACAUCGAAUGCUGGGCCCACCGUAGACGAGAUCCUGUUGGAGCUGUCGGAGUCGUACGCCAAGGCCGGCAACACCACUGCGGCACGUACCUGCUUAAAUGCACUUCUGACCAGGCAGCCCUUACACCAGCAGGCGGUCAAGCGAUUACAGGCGUUGUCGUCAAACCCUUACUCUGCCUAA